AAUAAUAAUAAUAAUAAUAAUAUACCAGAAAAGGAAACAAUUCUUUUCUGUAAAAUACAUUUAUCUUUUUAAAAAAUAAAAAUGUUAUUUAAGAUACAGCUUUUUGCAGUGUUUUGGGGAACAUACGGUCACCAGCUCCUUCCUAGGAUUGAAGAAUGUGGAGUCACGUGUUCACAGGGAUUUCUUUGCAAAAUUCAACCUGCUUCUAGUAUUUUGAAUAGUUUCUGCCAUGAUGCUCCUGCCUCUUUGCCUCCUGUUCCCCUGAGAGGCAUGAAGCUUGAGACUGUCAUGAACUGCGCUGAACAAAUUGACUGUUCUCUUCACUUAAGUGUUAAGGGAACACUGCAUCUUGAUGAAAAUAUUCGUGGCAUGGAAAUAUGUUCUUUCUCAAUGGAAACUCAGGCAUCUAACUGUGUGACUGUGAAGAUUUCCACAGAUAUAAAUGUAAAUUCUGCUGGGAGGAAGGUGAAAGUACAAUUUAAUUGCUUUGAAGUCAAUGCAGGGCAGCAUCUUCAUGUGACCAUGAAAACACUUCCAAAUUACUGUGCAGUUAAACGGACUCAAGAAUAUUAUGUUGAAGAUUGCCAAAACAGUGAUGUGGCAAGAAAUAUUCCAGACUGUUUUGUUCCCCAAUUGGUUUAUGAGGUGGACAGAAUGCAAAAGACCAUUUCAGUGAACAUUUUGGAAGUUACUCAAGACAUGGACUAUUAUGUUCGGUUAUGCCAUCUGCGGUUUGUGUGUGAAGAUGUGGGAUCAGUCACCGUGAUUACAGAAAAGGAUUCGAUAAAAGCAGUUUCUUUCCACUAUGAUGAGCUACUGCCUUGUCUCUGUGUUGAGGCAUGGGCAGCAAUUCCAGAUGCACGGAGAAUACGAGUGUGCCCAUUUAAAAAUGAUACUAAAGCCCUCUGGGACAAUAUAAAUUAUAAUCCUGCCACACAAUCACUGGUAUGGGAAGCUGCCUGUCCCAUUGAUGUUUCUGUCAGCCUUUGUCAGUUGAUGGAGACAGACGAUGAGUGUGUUGAUUUAGAGAACACUUUCAAGACUGGUCUAGGGAAAGUGAAAUACUCUCAAGUUGAUGCCAAUCCAGGGCUUUGUAUGAAGUUUACAACAGAUCAUGGUUCUUGGGUGAGAUGUCCUUUUGCCCAUGGAAAUUUCCAAGCUUGGAAAAUGAGGCUUGCUGUGAUGGAAGAUCACAUUGAAGUUUCCUUCAUGUCACACCCUGAGGCAAAGUUUUCAGUUCUUGUAUGUCACAAGACUGAAUCGUCUUCAUGUAACUCUACUGGAAUACAUCAGCCAAUUUCAGUGGUCGGACUAAAGUCAGUGUCUGUCAACAUUUCAGAGAAAACAUGUGGUUCCAACUUCUGCAUUCAGGGAUGGAGAACAGAUGUGGACUAUUCUAUCCCUUCAUAUAUCUGUGAUUUGCCUUGCACCUCUUCUACUCGUGGCACGGGAAUUUAUGAAAAUUCCUUUAGUAUCCUACCUCUAGCAGCAUUGCUUGCUAUACUUGGGACUAUGAUGGCUCUUCUUGGACACAAACUUUUUUCAGUUUUCCAUAGGAAGAGAAAUGAAAAGGAAAACAGAUCACAUAACACAAUACAGAGAUUGAAGAGCACCCAAUCUUCAUAUUUAUGAAGGACAGCAAAUAGUUUAGAAUUUCCAACUUUUCACCAAACAUCUCAGGAGACUGGAAUUCUUCUCUGUUGCAAACUGUUACUUAUGUGAAUAGUCUUCACGUGCCAGUGGUCCUUACUGACUGCCACAAGGUCAAGUUUCUACAGAGUAAACUCCCUCAUCAUGCCAGACUUCUUCAAACCAUUGCCUUCCAAAUGUGUUCGGACUACAAAGUCUAUAAUCCCCAUUAAAAACACUGCUCUGGUCAAAUUGUUUUUCUUGAGAGCAAAGGUGCUCUUUAGAUGUUGCCAUAUGUAUUGUAAGAGUUGGUUCUUCAUGGUUUCAUCCCAUGGCGUGCCACUACAAGCAAUUGAAAGCCUACAACGUAUAGGAAUCUUUCUAUGGAAUGAACAGUUCUCCCCUUCUCUCCUAAUGCAUGGCCAGUGUAAAGAGAAAUCUACAAUUGUCCCUCACCACAUCGUUGUGGACUUUCUAGCAGUGCCAUGGGAAGAGCCUUUCAGGAGACAGUUCCUUGAUGUUACUAUGUAUAUAAGAAAUGCCUCUGUGUAUAUAGAGUCUUGCUUUUGAAGAACAUUUCAUUGAUAAUAUGUCUUUUUGUAAAUAAGCAAUCCUAGACUGUUCCAGGAGUUGCUGAAUGAGAGACAUUUUGUAUCAUUCUUUUCUUUAAUCAUUCAGUUGUUUAGUGUUUUUCUAUUAGUUUAUUAUUUUGCUUUUUGAGGACAGAAACCUAAACCUCAGAUGCAUUUCAUUUUUUAAUAGUUGGUGUCAUUUAACCAAAAACAGUAUGUAUUGUUGAUAGAGUACUGGCCAGGAAUUCAGUUCUAUUGAAUUUAUGUGGCUCACUUUUCAUUACAUGUAUUCAUUCUUAGUUCUUAUCCACAAAUCAGUGAGAAUCUGUUACAAAUUAGUAGCCUGGGCUUGAAUCUAAGUUACUCUUUUGAGGUCUUUGGUACCAAUACCUUCAAACCUUCAGAGGUAUUACACUAUGCUGCAAACCUAUAUGCUAUCUUGUCCUCUUGUAUUCCAUUUUGAAUCCAAAUUGGAAUUCUGCUACUUGUGAUGGAGGAGGAGAAGCAAGAAGAUCGGUGUGGAAAGAAGGGGAAUGAAGUCCAAUAUCGGCCAUGCCUGAGAACAUUUAAAAACUGUUGGCACACUAUCUCUGGUCAAAACAGCAUAACAAGCCAUGUGUGGAUAAAGAGCUCUUUGUUUUCCCCUCCUACCUUGUACUUAAAUUAAAUUAUAUCCUAGAAUCAAAUUAGGCUGUGAUCUUAUAUACAUUCAUGCAGGAAUAUUCAACACAAUAAAGCUUACUUUUGAGUAUGUAUACCGAGGGUCGAGAAAGCCCUUG